CACAACUCUACCCAUAAUCACCGACCAAGAAGGCGCGACGCACUUUCGACCUCGUAAGGUCCCACAUGCCAGAUGUGUUGUUCCUGCAUGUGCAUUGUGCAGUUUACAGUCGUUCUAAUCCUUUAAACCUUUUUUCCCCCUCCGCCCUCCGCCCUCAGCCCUCUCUAUCUCCGGAUUGGCGAGGUAGAUGGUAAGGCAUAAUAAUAUACCUACCAACCUAAGGCUACCAUAAUAACAUUGAACAUCAAUGUUAACACAGGCCUUUUUUUUUAAUUUCAUGUGAAACUUUUUUUUUUUGUUGCUGGUACCUCUUAUCGUCGCGUCCAGCUUUGUUUGAUAAAUAUUUAGUAACUCACCUACCAUCGUUUCUACUACGAAUAGUAGUUCAAUUCCUACUCGGAUUGUUCUAACUACUAUUUGGAAACAUGUCGUUCGAUGGAUCUCACACCGCAACGCUCAGCCCUACCGCUUCAAACUUUGGAUCACAGGUGCUUUCUAAUUCCAUAUCGAAUUCUAUAUCAUCAUUGGCAACUACAUCCUCUCGUCCAUCAUCAAGCAAUAUAACCAAAGCAUACCGCCAAGCCUCACAACUAUUUCUUACGCGUCGAUUACCCGAAGCCUUAUCAACAGUCCUACCUUUAAUCACUCCAUCAACUGAGACUUCGGAUGUCAAUGGAUUGACUGAACCUGCACCCAUUGCCCGAGCCUCGAGAUCUACCAGGAUCAAGGUGUGGAGCCUCUAUCUAACAAUUCUAAAUGCCGUAUUGGAGUUAGAUCCCGACGAGGGUAAAGAGGCAUUCGGGUCUCAGGAGUGGCGUACACUUUGUAAAAAGGUGCGAGAUGGCGAUGUUUGGGAAGAGGUGGUACAGUAUGGAUAUCACGGCGUCGAGGGAGAGGUUGAUUCCGAUGUCGUCAUAAAUCUAGCAACACUCCUGCUUGCACACGCAAAAACCCAAGCAGUAAAUCAAAAACGACUAGAGAACUAUCUUGCUACAUCAACUGCCCCGAACCUCGAUAUAUCUAGACAGCUGGAGGCAAAUCCGUCAUCUCGCAGGUCUCAUUCCAGGGGUGCUAGUGGUGCCGACACUCCUCGAGACCUUAAUGCUAGAGUUAAGAUCCUAGAACUCUAUACGCUACACGUCUUGCUACGCAACAAUGAGUGGGACUACGCCAGGGAAUUCAUCAGUGUUAGUGCAGUACUGGAUGAAGAGCGGAGAGACGCUUUCUUGCAAGCCCUCCAGAGUCUACAGGAUGAGCAGCAGGCGUCGGAACGGCGGGAACGUGAAGAAACACAGAGACAGGAAGAGCAGUUACAAAAGGAUAUCGAAGAGGCCAGGAGACUAAGAUCGGAAAAUGAGGCAAGAGAAAAGCGCCGAUUGGAUGAGGAGAGAGCCAAACGUGAAGCUAGCGAGAUCGACUACGGUAUUGAGCAGACUCCGAGUGCUCCCGGAUCCAAGAAAAAAUCCCGGACAGGCACUAAUGGAGCAGCUAAUGGAUCUUCAUUAUCGAGAGCUAAGUCGUCCGUAUCAAAGGGGAAGAAAGCUGCGGCACCUCCGAGUCUCGGCGCACGAGCUGCCAUGAUCAUAGCCCAUAUCCGCAAAAUCAUUGAACAACUAGGGGCUUCUCUGACAGCCAAUCCUAGGCUGCUUCUUAGAUUUGUAGCUUUUAUCAUUGGAAUCCUUGUCAUGUUUGGUAGAAGGGGCGUGCGUGAGCGGAUCCAGCGGAUCCUGGGAACAGGGUGGGAAAAGGUCAGAUCAACAGCAGGAAUGGGAGUCAAGGUCAGCUACAUCUAGCUAGCCACGUGGAUAUGAAAUUGAGGUAUCUUUGUAUAUCGUAUAGUAAUGAUUGUGAAGUAAUGAGCAGCUUGAUUUUUCGGCGGGCGCUGUAAGAGUUGGGAAUAGUUUUAAUACCAAAUAUG